GGCCAUACCGGCCCGGCUGUCCUCUGAGGCUGGUUCUCGGGGCGCCGCGGCUUCAGGGGGGGGUGAAAGGGGGUUCAGCUGGCUUUCUGGCCCCCUCCCCACCUGAAGCGGGCGGGGACAGCACCUUGCAGGCGGCUCCAAGAAAGACCCUGCGGGACGGGGCGGUAAGCGCUGCUCAAAACCAGGCGUUCCCAAGGACGCGCAAAAGGGGUGAAGGGCAGGUGCGAUGGCCGGGCCACGCGACCAGAGCGACGUGCGCGAGUUCACGCGCCACUCCGGCGACGUCCUGAUGAACCUGAACGAGCUGCGGAAACGCCACUUCCUCACAGACGUCACCUUGCGAGUGGGGGGCUGUCCCCUGCAGGCCCACAAAGCCGUCCUCACCGCCUGCAGCGGGUUUUUCUACUCCAUCUUCCUGGGCCAGGGGGGCCACGAGGUCAGCAUGCUCACUUUGCCCAGUUCCAUCGAGCCGGCCGGCUUCCAGGCCCUCCUCGACUUCAUGUACACGUCCCGCCUGGUCCUCACGCCGGGCACGGUGCCCGCGGUGCUGGCUGCCGCCUCUUACCUGCAGAUGGAGCACGUGGUGGAGAGUUGCCAUCGCUUCAUCCAGGCCAGCUAUGACCGGGUGACCUUCUUCCUGAUGCCCCCAGCGCCCACCUUCCUCCGCCACAGACCCCUAGAAGACGCCAUGGGGUCACUCGCACCCAGUUUCCCAAGGCAGGGCCAAGAAGAACCCCCCACCGUCGCCGGGGCCUCCGGCUGCCCUCUGCCGGCUCCCUACUGCCCGAAGGACAAGGAUCCGGGAUCAGCGAUGUCGCCGGGGGCCGGGGACCAGUCCCCCCCAGGUCAGCCGGCUUCCCCCCGUGAGUCCAGCGGCUGUGCCCCCCCAGGCACGGACCCCAAAGCCUGCCACUGGAAGAAGUAUCGCUUCAUCGUCCUCAACUCCAUGCUGCGCGAGGGGAGGCCGGACCCCCCCGAAUCGCAUGGCCAGGGCGACCGGGAUGGAGACCCCGGGGACGGAAGCCGCCUUCACAGGCUGCCGUCGUCUCAGCCCCACUGCUCCGCCUGCAACCAGCCAGCCCCCCUGCUUUGCUCCCACCCUCCAGAAGACACUUCCAUGGGGCAGGGAGACCCCUGUGGUUCUGGGGCCGGCCCUUACGACUGCAGUGCCUGCGACUUAGGAUACCUGGAGGAAGACGAAGAAGAGGGGGGAGGAAGAGGAAGGAGCCCCCCAACCUCAGGAAGCACCUUCGAAGAGAAGCCAUACAAAUGCCAUUUCUGCAACUCAACCUUCCGCUACAAAGGGAACCUAGCAAGCCACAGAUCUCUGCAUACCGGAGAGAAGCCGUACCACUGCGGGAUUUGUGGCGCUCAGUUCAACCGCCCGGCGAAUCUCAAGACUCACCUGCGUAUUCACUCCGGGGAGAAGCCCUACAAGUGUGAGACCUGCGGAUCUCGUUUUGUGCAGGUCGCUCACUUGAGAGCCCAUGUCCUGAUCCACACUGGGGAGAAGCCCUACCCCUGCGGGACGUGUGGGACUCGAUUUCGGCACCUGCAGACCCUGAAGAGCCACCUCCGUAUCCACACGGGAGAGAAGCCUUAUCAUUGCGAGAAAUGCGACGUCCGCUUCCGGCACAAGAGCCAGUUGCGGCUGCACCUGCGACAGAAACACGGCGCCAUCACCAACACGAAGAUCCGCUACAAAGUCCUUGAAGGGCCUUACGCCGCUCUCUGCUGAGCGGGGAGCGUAUUGCGCGCUUUCGGCCGGAUCCACAAAUCCGCCAACCGGCGGAUUCUGCGCUCAGGUAUCUGCGUGGAAUCUUCCCUAUCCUGCACCUGAGAGCUGGACCUUUUCGGUGUCUGAAAUGCAGAAUAUCCGACGCCCUAAAUGGUGUGCGUCACAUUCUUGCAUAGCUGUCAAUUUUUCUCGUGAGGAAUCCUAUUCGGAAUAAGGGAAUUUCCCUUUAAAAAAGGGAAACGUUGGCAGCUAUGCAUUCUGGGUGACUGCAUUUUUUCAUUAUUUAAAGAGGUUUCUGCAAAUAAUCAUAUACAGUGGUACCUUGGGUUACAUACACUUCAGGUUACACACUCCGCUAGCCCAGAAAUAGUGCUUUAGGUUAAGAACUUUGCUUCAGGAUAAGAACAGAAAUCGGGCUCUGGCGGCGCAGCGGCAGCAAGAGGCCCCAUUAGCUAAAGUGGUGCUUCAGGUUAAGAACAGUUUCAGGUUAAGAACAGACCUCCGGAACGAAUUAAGUACUUAUCCCGAGGUACCACUGUAUAAAAAAAGAAAUAUUCAGACGUCUGCCGGAUCCAAACCCUGAAAUUUAGAUAAUUCGUCGAGUUUCAAAUGUUUAGAUUGAGAGCUGAUUAUUAUUAUUCAGAAUCAGGGCGGGGGAGAUACUGAGCAAACAUUCUUGGUUCUUGCCCCCAACUCCCAAGAUAUAAACCCACUAGGCGCUACUCCCCUCUUGGGCGUUAGAGAAGAAACCCCAAAAGCUGAUGUACGGCUCUGCAGGCAGAGCUGUGAUAGUAAAAGCAGAAUUUCCAAGCCACAUCCAGUCUCUUGCCUUCUUAGUUUAUAUGUUCCUUUUUGCGCCGCCUGGGAAGCGGCGCAAAAAUUCGGUGCUUGAAGGAGCAGAGGUAUAAGGCAGGCGAGAAAGUCUGCGAAUUAGGAGCAGAAAAAGCUGUUACGCCUGCUAUACACCUCUCCGGCUGCAUAAAUGCACCUGUCCCUUUAAAGCACGCCUUUCCCCCAAAGGAUUCUGGGAACUAUAGUUUGCUGAGGCCGCGGGGGGUUUAAAACUACAGUGCCCAGAAUUAUUUGGGGAAAAGAAUUUGCUUCCGAUGUGCUUUAUGGGGUGGUCUUAAUACCAAACGGUGUAAUUUGUUAGGGGCUGCUGGGAGUUGUAGCGUGGCUCAUUAGCAAUGAUCAAAUCCUGAACAAACUAGAGUUCCCUCCCAUUAUUCACUAGCGGGGGGCCACGGCUAUGGAUCCCCAAGAUGCUUUGGGGACUCGGGAUUCCCAGAAUCCUCUGGGGCACAUUCAGCCCAGUACUUGACUCCUUUGACCAGCAAAGUCUCUCAGGCAGACUUUUCCCUGCUCCUGACAGGCGGAGAUUCGAACCCAGAACCUUCUGCAUGCAAAGCAGGGGUCCCUGCUACUGCCCCCACACCCUAGCUAUGGACUCUGCUUUUCUCCUCCACAGGACAUAAGCUAGAGUUAAGAGGAGUUUAUUAGAAUCAUUGUUUGACUUCAUUUUGUUUUUUUAACGUUAUGUGUAGUGUACUUUGCUCUUUCUAAAUGUGUUAUUUUGCUGGCCAAAUCUGUCCUGUCUGUUCCUAUUGUGCUCCAUUGUUAUUCUUGAUUUUUAUUAUUUUUAUUAUUUCUGCUGCUGUUUCCUUCUUCCGAAUGCGACGCUGCUUUGUUUGCCGAUCUUCCUCUUAACAUCGAAAAGAAGUUGCAGGUCGCGUGGGCCGAUUCCACCUCGUACCAUUAAAGCGCUGUGCGAUACCACUUUAAACAGCCACGGCUUCCCCCAGAGAAUCAUGGGAACUGUAGUUUGUUCAUGGUGCUGAGAGGGGAGCCUUCUAUUCCCCCCACAGAGUUCCCAGAAUUCCCUGGGAGGUGGGAUUGACUCUCGUGGGAGUCCUGGGAGCUAUAGUUUGCUACGAGUGUUGAGGGGAGACCCCCACCUGCCCCUCGUAGUACUAUAGUUCCCAGAGUGCUUUAACCAUUGAUCCCUCUUCCCAGGGGAUUCUGGGAAUUGUGCCUCUGUGGGGGGGAGGGGGCGGAUAAGACAGGGUCCCAUAUUUCAAGAAGUAAAAAUCUGGACACAAAAAGCUUUUCUAAAGUAAAGUUGUUGAGCCCAGAUUUCCCCGGACACUUAAUUUCAUCAUUGGAAUCCCGGGAAAAUCCGGAUGUAUGGCCUUCUCGGCACCCUUGGGUGUCAGUUCCCAUAAUUUCUUGGGGGAAGCGCCGGCGGUUUAAAGUGGAAUCAAAGCGCUUUAAAAGGAUGGUGUGGACGAAGCCAUAUUCAAAGAACCUUAUCUGGAAUUGAGCCUGGCAGGAGCAGAAAGGAAGUGGGGGACGCAGCGAGGUCUGGAACCUCAGCCUAAGAACUUUCCAGAAGUUUCUAGAAGAGGUCUGGAACCUCAGAAAGAGAGGAAAAAGCUAAUGAACAAUAGGAAACGCCUUGAGAAAGCACCAGCCUGCCUCCUCCAGGUUUUGCUUUUUCCUUUUUCUUUGCAUGCAUGCAUCAGUUUUCAGGAAAUGAGACGAUUUCCAUUUUUAAAGGGAGUUAUUAGGAAAAGGCCUCCCCUCCGGUGAGAGAGGAAGGAAGGUUCUGCGUUGACGUGGGGCUGAAGACGACACCCCCCUCCCAAGUGGAAAAUGAACGUCGGGGCCUGAUCCCCGAAGACCUGGGUUCGAAAGGUGCGCUUUUUGAAGGCGCCCCUGGUGUCUGGGCAAAGGGGCAUGUCGUGGGAUUGUGGCUUUCAGUGCCAGGAAUUGGAUCAAUCGGGCUGGUUCCCUUUUGGUCUGGGUAAAGUUUGGAGGGGGGGCAGAAAGAUACAAGGGUCUGUCUGGAUUUUGAAAUAUAUCUAUAUGUAUUUAUUCACACACGCCUGCAACAAAACAAUCUCUUUGUAAGGUCGCCAAACUUUAUAUCCUUGCUUUGUUUCAAUAAAGCUAAAGUUGUCCGGCGAUCGUUCGUCGUUUCUCGA